CCACUUUUUCCCCUUAAUAGUGAAUAUCUUAUUUUAAUAGUCAUCUAUAACAUUUUUGAUGACUAUGUUUUCCAUUAUUUGAUUAACUUAUUAACAGUAGGUUGUAAGAGGUACACUGCUAUUUUAAAAAGCUUCAGUGAACAUUUCUAUCUCCAUCUUUUCUCAUAUCAUUAACUAGUUCUGCGGAUAUAUUUCUAAAAGUGAAAUUGUUGGCUCAGAGUUCAUCACAGUUUAUAAGAAUUGGGAUCAGUAUUGUUCCUGGAUUGGCCAUCUGAUAGUGUUAUAUCAGUUUAUAUUUCUGUUAGAAAAGUGUAUGAUUUUUAAUUUGGGAUGUAUCCAUUUAUGUAUGCAUUCCCCUAUUCUUGGACGUUUAUCAGGGUCCCAUCUUUUGUGAUUACAAACUAUACUGUGGUGAACAUUCUCAGGCAUGUGUCUUUGCCCACUGUGAAAGCGUAUCUUCAGUAUAAAGUCUUAGAGGUGAGAUUUGCUGGCUCAAGUGUUUAUAAUUAAAUAGAUGUUGUCAAGUUGUCCUAAUAGGUUGCUCUACAUAGGUGUCCACCAGUAGCUCUUUUUCCAUUUUGUUAUCAACUUUAGAUAUUAUCAGACUUUUAAAACUUUAUAAUUUCCAAAGAUUUUCAGUAUUUGGGUACUCAAAAUAUUAUCAGGUUAUGAGAAAUCUCUUGACUUCCAAACAGUUUAUAAAUAGGGACCCUUGUAUAUAUAAAGAUGGGGAACCAUUUAUGUAGAGAAUUCUCUUAUUUUACAGAUGUGGAAACUGAGGCCUGGAGAGUCUAAAUAAUUUGCUUUAGUUAUAAAUAAUAAUUUAAUAGUUGCUAAGUGACUAAACUGGAUUUGAAUUCUCUGGACUUAAAAGCUUUCGGGAUUUCCACUGCAUUAUAUUGCUUUUCUGUGUGUGUGUGUGUGUGUGUGUAUGUGCGCCUGCACGUGCGCGCUUUUUUUUUUAAAAUUAAGCCAGUCAAAUUUAGCAGUAGGGGGUUGUAUACCAACUUCUGGUGACACUAAUGUUUAUAAGUUCUGAUAAACCACUACCAUUGAACUAGUCCGGUGUGUCUCUUAAACUGUUAAAAUCCUGUUAGCAACCAGCGUACCUAACCUUUUCUUUGAUCCCAGGGUUCCAAGGCCCACUCUGAGAUGGCUAUGCAACUGUUUUUUUUCCUGAGACAGGAUCUCGCUUUGUCACCCAGGUUGGAGUACAGUGGCGUGAACACAGCUCACUGCAGCCUCAACCUCCCUAGCUCAGCAGUCCUCCCACCUCAGCCCUCCAAGUAGCGAGUACAGGCACAUGCCACCGUGCGGGGUAAUUUUUGUAAUUUUUAUGGAGACAGGGUUUUACCAUGUUACCCAGGCUGGUCUCAGGCUCCUGAGCUCAAGUGAUCCUCCUCAGCUUCCCAAAGUGAACAUUCUAUCACCACGCCUGGCCAUAGGGAUAUGGCUUCAGAAUGAAGUGAGUAAGAAAUAUUGCUUCUUACAAUCCAGUUUCCCUUUAAGCUUUCAGUUUAUUGGUAUUGGUAUAUUAUCCACUUACUACAUUAGUAACAUAGCAAAUGAGAAGAACUUUUUUUUUUUUUGAGACAGAGUCUCAGUCCAUCACCUAGGCUGGAGUGCAGUGGCACAGUCUCAUUUUAGUAGAGGCAGGGUUUCACCAUGUUGUCCAGGCUGGUCUCAAUUUCCUGACCUCAAGUGAUCCAUCCGCCUUGGCUUCCCAAAGUACUGAGAUUACAGAUGUGGGCCUCUGUUCCCAGCCAGCAAAUGAGAAUAACUUUUUAACAGUUUGGUAUUGUUUCAUUUAGUGUACUCGAUUUUUUAGAAGGUUUAGAAAUUUAGGCCAGGCGCAGUGGCUCUUGCCUGUAAUCCCAGCACUUUGGGAGGCCAAGGUGGGAGGAUCACUUGAGGUUAGGAGUUCAAGACCAGCUUGGCCAACGUGGUGAAACCCCAUCUCUGCUAAAAUACAAAAAUUAGCCAGGUGUGGUGGUGCCUGCCUGUAAUCCCAACUACUUGCAGGACUGAGGCAGGAGAAUCGCUUGAACCCGGGAGGUGGAGGUUACAUUGAGCCGAGACCAUGCCAUUGCACUCCAGCCUGGGUGAAUUAAAAAGAAAAAAAAAAUCAGAAAGUUUAGAAAUUUAAGUUUAAAAAAAAUUUGUGGUCUCAGAGGAGGGAAAGAUUUCUUAAACCAAAUUUUUAAAAGCUAACUAUAAAGGGUAAACUGAUAAAUAGAACCACACUAAAGAUGUGAUUUAAAAAUAAAACCCGAGAAAAAAGUAUCCAGAGCCGCUGAGUAGCGGCCGAGUUCUGGGUUGUUCUGCAACUUGCCCAGAUCGGAACCUUCUCGCCCUCUUUGCGGAGAAUCGAGACCAUGAUGUGGAACAGUGGAUUCGAAAGCUUUGGCAGCUCCAGCUACGGGGGAGCUGGCGGCUACACGCAGUCCCCGGGGGGCUUUGGAUCGCCCGGACCUUCUCAGGCCGAAAAGAAAUCAAGAGCCCGAGCCCAGCACAUUGUGCCCUGCACUAUAUCUCAGCUGCUUUCUGCCACUUUGGUUGAUGAAGUGUUCAGAAUUGGGAAUGUUGAGAUUUCACAGGUCACUAUUGUGGGGAUCAUCAGACAUACAGAGAAGGCCCCAACCAACAUAGUUUACAAAAUAGAUGACAUGACAGCUCCACCCAUGGAUGUUCGCCAGUGGGUUGACACAGAUGACGCCAGCAGUGAAAACACUGUGGUUCCUCCAGAAACAUAUUGGAAAGUGGCAGGCCACCUGAGAUCUUUUCAGAACAAAAAGAGCCUGGUAGCCUUUAAGAUCAUGCCCCUGGAGGAUAUGAAUGAGUUCACUGCACAUAUUCUAGAAGUGAUUAAUGCACACAUGAUAUUAAGCAAAGCCAGUGGUCAGCCCUCAGCAGGGAAAGCACCCAUCAGCAAUCCAGGAAUGAGUGAAGCAGGGAACUUUGGUGGGAAUAGCUUUAUGCCAGCAAAUGGCCUCACUGUGGCCCAAAAUCAGGUGCUGAAUUUGAUUAAGGCUUGUCCAAGACCUGAAGGGUUGAACUUUCAAGAGCUCAGGAACCAGCUGAAACACAUGUCUGUACCCUCAAUCAAGCAAGCUGUGGAUUUUCUGAGCAAUGAGGGGCACAUCUAUUCUACUGUGGAUGAUGAUCAUUUUAAAUCCACAGAUGCAGAAUAACUGGAUCUAAUUGGGUACCUGAGAUAUUUUACAACUGGACCUAGUUUCACAGUCUCUUGUCUCCAGCUCUGCAUACGUUUGGCCAGAUGGCUUCUAGGAAGUAGGUUUCACGUCUAAAAGGUCUCUACUGACAUCCUUUUGAAACAUACUGCUCUUCUGUUUUAUUUUGUUUUGUUUGAAGCUGAAAGGGAGAUGGACAAUUGACAGGGAUGCAAUCCAGGGUGGCAUUUCUUGAGGAAGUUACAAAUAAGCUUGUUACAACAUCAAGAUAGGUGGAAUUGGAAGGACGCUACCAGGAGAGUACUUACAUAGUGCUUGGGAGUUUCUCUUUUUAAAAUUUUUCCUGCUGAAAGAAGAUAAGCAGGACCAGGGCCUUGUAGGCAGAGCCCUAACCGAGUAACCUGCUGGCCUCUGCCUGUUUCUGUCCCAUUUGGUUGUGUGGCAUUACUUUCAGAAUUGCACUUUCCUGCUUGUCGUGACUGCUGCUUGUCAUGACGGUAUAUUUCUGUGAACAUGAAGUUCUGUGGUGGUGCCUCCAGGGGCAGAGGAAAGGAAGUGUUAUUGCGUUUUGUACAAAGUAAGUACAUUCAUGUGUUUAAUAAAACAGUUCGAUUGUA